AUGAAUCUAGAAUUUUACAGCGUACCCGGCUUGGCUGAUAUCGUGGGAACGAAGGCGCAAGAUAACGAAGAUAAAGAGAGGUCAAAAGUUAUCAAUAUAUUACAUGCUCAGGUAGAUAAAGAAGAUGAUAUUUUAAAAAGAUUUUGGGAAAUAGAAGAACAAACUAGUACAAAGCAAAUACUUACACCGGAAGAGAAAGCAUGUGAAGAGUUCUAUAGUCUAACUACUAGAAGAGAUGAAAGUGGGAGAUAUAUUGUAAGGUUACCUUUUCGUGAAGAGAAUACACUAUGCAUGUCUGGAAAUUCACGAGAUAUAGCUGAAAAAAGAUUUAGGUCAUUAGAAAAAAGAUUAGGAAAUAAUAAAGAACUAAAAGAAAAAUACGUAGAGGUUAUACAAGAAUAUUUAUCAUUAGGACACAUGAGACCUGUAGCAAAAGAUGAUAUGAAGAAAGAUAAAGCUUUUUACUUACCUCAUCAUGCGGUUGUACGCGACGAUAAAACUACUACAAAUGUUCGAGUUGUUUUUAAUGCAUCUCAGAAGAACACACUGGUAGCAGAUAUAAUUAAAAUGUAUCGUCAAGUCAGAAUUGCUGAAGGAGAUGCAAUGUUCCAACGCAUACUUUGGCGUGAUUGUCCGGAAAAAGAAAUUGUUGACUAUGAACUAACGACAGUCACCUUUGGUACAGCUUCUGCACCUUAUCAAGCCGUUCGGACGUUACACCAAGUUGCUUUUGAUGAAGGAGACAACUAUCCACUUGCAAAAGAUAAAGUACUCAAUUGUUUCUAUAUGGAUGAUCUUAUGACAGGGUGUUACGAAGUGGAUCAAGGAUUAGAAAUAUAUACACAAAUAACAGAAUUAUUAGGUAAAGGUGGAUUUAAAUUGCAAAAAUGGAAUUCUAAUAAUCAGGAAUUAAUAGAAGAAAUUAAGGAAAUGAAGAAUGAGAAAGAUCAAGAACAAUUAUAUAUAAAUAGAACAAACAAGGACAUAAUUUAUAUGGACAACAUAGACAAGGUUAAAGAAAUAUCACACGAAGAAGUAAAAGAAGUAGAAAUCAAGAUAGAUAGUACAAUAAAAAUAUUAGGACUUACCUGGAACCGCAGCCAAGACACCUUCCAGUACUUAGUUAAUCUUCCACCGCUGACGACUGCACCUGCAACUAAAAGAUCAAUAAUUUCAAAUAUAGCACGGCUAUUUGAUCCUUUAGGUUGGAUAGCCCCAAGUAUAGUACUAGCAAAGGUAUUCAUACAAAAGUUAUGGCUUACCGGCGUUAGUUGGGAUGAAGAACUAAACGUGGAGUUAGUAAAGGAGUGGAUUGACUAUCGAGAGCAACUGUCACUACUUACCGACGUACGCAUACCUCGUUGGAUAGGCACAAGAUUGAAUCAGAAGCUGGAACUGCAUGGAUUUAGUGACGCUUCGAAGACAGCUUACUCAGCCGUGAUUUAUUUGAGGACCAUUGACCUUGAAGGACCAUCAUUCCUGAAAAAGGACAAUAUAUCCUAUAACAGACCAGAUAAUUUAGACAAAUUAAACUUGGAUUUAGAAAUGUGCGUUAAAUCUUAUGUAACGGUUGUUCCAAAUAAUUCAAUUUUCGAAAGGUCUUCAGUUGAUGAAAAAUUUUUCGAGGACAGCCUACUGGAUAAUUGGAAUUAG